AUGCUGGUUGCUAUCUUGGCAUUCCAUAAAGCUCUCUCAGACCAACCAACAGAUCCUUUGGUGGUUGCUGCAUUUAGCCUCGCUGUCCACAACGGUGGAGAUUUGCGGGAAGCCUUGAAUAUAGCAAGAAGGAUAUCCAAGCCGCAUGAUGUUACCUUUCAUGAACUCUUGGAACCUCAGAAUCUAGACUCUAAGGUGUUAAAACAUGAGGUUAUGCGGCUAGCAACAUCAGUUCAAAGUGCAUUGACGAAUAUGACUGAUGAAUAUUCUGUCUCACAAGCAAUGGCCAAAUACCCCAAAGCACCAUACUCGGAUCUGGUAUUUAUUCCACUAGGAUCGUAUUUGAAGGUGUCCAAGAUUUUUGAGUGUGUAAGAGGGGGUAAAGAGAAGGGAUUUGUAUCAAAGCAAGGUAGCAAGAUUGAUCAUGAAUUGUUAGCUCUUGGAAGCCUGCGGGAAGUUCGGCAUGUAUUUGCGAGGGUUGUCUUUGAUACGGUAUACCCUAUGAACCUCACUCAAGAUUCCAAUUACACAUAA